AUGGCCAGGAAGCAGAAUCCAGGAUACAAGCCUCCGCGGGCAGCCAAUCCCGGCAGAGGACCGCAGCACUGCCGGCUGCGCAAGGCAGUGACGGCCUGUGGAGCCCCAGAGGCCGCUUUCCGGUCUUUCGCGCUCAGCUUGAACCGAGCCCCGAGGCCUCGGCGCAUUGCGCAGGCUUCGCGGCUCCCGGUACCUCCCUCGCGGCGCUUUCCCCGCCAGCCUGCGCGGCUCAGAGCUGACCCAGGGCCUCGGCAGCCCCCGCAGCCGGGGUCGCCGGUCCCGAGGCGGGCGCUUCGGGGCAGCGGGGCUGCGCCCACCCCGGCCCCCGGAUGGAGACGGCGCCGCGGCGCGACGCUGGGGCUCUGGCUGGUGCCGGUGGGGCAGAAACCGUUAUGGGGCGCGACGAGCGCCCUGCUCCUGGUGGGCGCCUCCCUACUGCUGACCCUUCUGCAGAUGCUGGCGAGCUACGCGCGGAAGUGGCAGCAGAUGCGGCCCGUGCCCGCCGUCGCCCGCGCCUACCCUCUGGUGGGCCACGCGCCGCUCUGGAAGCCGGACGGGAAAGAAAUUUUUCAGCAGAUAAUUCAGUACUCUGAAGGAUACCAAUACAUGUCACUGCUGAAACUCUGGAUUGGGCCAGUACCAAUGGUCAUGGUUUACAGCGCAGGGAGUAUAGAGGUAAUUUUAACUAGUUCAGAGCAAAUUGACAAGUCAUCUAUGUAGAAGUUCCUAGAACCAUGGCUUGGCCAAGGACUUCUUACUAGUACUGAAAACAAAUGGUGCACCAGGAGGAAAAUGUUAACACCCACCUUCCAUUUUACAGUUCUGGAAGAUUUCUUAGAUGUUAUGAAUGAACAAGCAAAUAUAUUGGUUAAUAAGCUUGAAAAACAUGUUAAGCGAGAAGCAUCUAAGUGCUUUUACAUCACCCUCCGUGCCUUGGAUACCGUCUGUGAAACAGCUGUGGGGAAGAAUAUGGGUGCUCAGAAUAAUGGUGAUUCCGACUAUGUCCGUGCAGUUUACAGGAUGAGUGACAUGAUACUUCGAAGAAUGAAGACGCCCUGGCUCUGGCUUGACCUCUGGUACCCUAUGUUUAAAGAAGGAAAGGGAACACAAAGGAGCCUUACGAUCCUGCGUACUUCUACCAACAAUGUCAUCACUGAACGGACCAGUCAAGCGAAGACCGAUCAAGAAUGCAGAGAUGAUUAUGAGAGGGGCUCUCACCCCACCAAACGGAAAUGCAGGGGUGUUCUUGACUUGCUUUUGAAGGCAGCUGAUGACCACGGGAACAAGCUAAGUCGUGAAGACAUUCGAGAAGAAGCUGACACCUUCAUGUUUGAGGGCCACGAUACAACAGCAGCUGCGAUAAGCUGAUCCUUGGGGUCCUAUCCAGAAGCCCGGAAGAAGGUGGACACUGAACUGGACGAAGUGUUGGGUGCGUGUGGCUCCUUCACUAGUUACACUGUGGUCCCAAGUCUACCAAGUGCACGUUGCUCCUGCUCAUUAAGGACGUGCAGUGGGACCUGCUCUAGAGACACCGAAACAAGCAGUGAGGCUCCCACAGCAGCUGCUUUCAGUCCCAGUCUCCUUUGCAGGACACCGUCCCCGUCUUUGUCUGAUCCAAUGCCUGCAUCCAGACACUUACUCAUCUCCUGA